AUGGGAUCAGAAGAAAGACCUCGUAAUCAAGCGGAACUUCCUAUUGCUAAUAAUGCAAAUAACAACGUUAGCCUUGCUUCACCUCGUGCAAAACACUCGGUUGGCUCAAAUCGUUCUUUUACUAAUGCGAUGCAUAAUGCUUUACAAUUUACUUCGAUUACGAAAAGUCCAAAUUACGGAUUUGGUCCUCGUUCUUUUCUUAGCACACAAAAUAACUUAGAAAGUGUUCAACCAUCAUAUUCCGCUUCACCUUUAAUAAUUCGAAACCAAACGUUGGCCCUUGGAAACUUGAACUCUUUACCGGAAUCUGAUAAAAAAGAUGGAUCGCCAAAGAACGAUCCGAAUAUUGCCGGACAAAGUAAUUUAUCAUUGCUCUUACAAAGAGAAUCAAAAACUCCAUCACCGCCAGAGUUGACUACAACAAAACCUUCUCCACCAUCGAUAACCGCGGCAAUUGCUCAAUUAGGACAGACUCAAAACAAUAAAAACAAUUAUAAUGUAGAUGAAAUUCAUUCAGAAUCGGAUCAAAAUUUCGAAACAAUUGAAAAUAUCCAUGAUGAAUCACAACCUUUACUUCAUCAUCAGUUUGGAAUAGCCAACAAUUAUGGAAAUGAAGGAGGAAUUGGUGAUGAUGUAAUUUCAAUUGAAGAUGAUCCCUGGGUGGAAAAGUCUUGGAUAGGAUGGUUACCCUGUGUUGGUGAUGAUUAUCUUCCGAAUUAUGAUGGAGAAGAGCGUCCACAGCCCAAAGUUCAUUUUGAUGCAGAAACAAUUUUUAGAGAAGUUAUUUUGAAUCCGUUAUCAUAUAUUCCGGCCGUCAUUCUUGGACUUUUGUUGAAUUUGUUAGAUGCUAUCUCUUACGGAAUGAUCACGUUUCCAAUUAGCAACCCUAUUUUUCGUGAAUUUGGACCUGAUGGGAUUUCCAUGUUCUUUGUAAGUUGUAUCGUAUCUCAGGUGAUUUAUUCCGGAGGUUUUAGUAUUUUUGGAGGUGGUAAUGGUAGCAUGAUGAUUGAAGUCGUGCCAUUCUUACAUAUUAUGGCUGAAAUUAUAAUCCGAGAAACAAAUGAUCCUAGUGAAAUAAUUCCUACAACUAUUUUGUCAUUUGCUUUAAGUUCCAUUUUGACGGGCGUAGUGUUUUUAUUAAUGGGAGUAUUCAAGUUUUUUCCUCGACAUAUCCUUGUCGGUUGCAUUGGUGGAGUUGGAUGGUUUCUUUUCGCAACUGCAAUUGAAGUCUCAGCUCAUCUUGAUGAAAAUUUAUUUAAAUUGUUCGAUGAUUUUCACACGUUUGCUUUAUGGGGAUCGGCUCUUGGCUUGGCGCUACUUUUGAGAAUUAUUCAUACAAAAUGCCCCCGUGCUCUUGUUGUCCCAUUCUAUUUCAUGAUUAUACCACUAUUGUUUUAUCUCUCAGUUUAUUUGUUCGAUUUAAAGUGGGAUGAUUUACGAAGUGAUGGAUGGGUAUUCCCAAUGCCAGAAGGAAAUGCUCCAUGGUACCGCUUUUACAGUUAUUACGAUUUCAAAAAGACGAAUUGGGGAGCCUUAUUACAAACCGUUCCGGCAAUGUUUGCGCUAACAUUCUUCGGUAUUUUGCACGUCCCAAUCAACAUUCCUGCAUUGGGAGUUUCAUUAAAUGAAGAUAAUGUCAAUACAAAUCGUGAAUUAGUGGCUCAUGGUCUCUCGAACAUGUUGUCGGGUUUAGUCGGAAGCGUUCAAAACUAUUUGGUUUAUACCAAUUCUGUCCUAUUCAUCAAAUCCGGCGGCGACAGUCGCGUAGCAGGAUUGAUGCUUGCCGCUGCAACUGCAAUUGUACUUUUUAUCGGACCAUGGGUUGUCGGAUAUAUUCCAGUUAUGGUAGUAGGCGCGCUUAUUUUUCAUUUAGGACUUGAAUUGAUGAAAGAGGCCUUGAUAGAUACCUGGGGAAUAGUCAACCAUCUCGAAUACCUAACAAUCGUGGCAAUUGUUAUUGCUAUGGGUGUUCUUGGGUUUAUUGAGGGAAUCUUCUUGGGAAUUGUCAUGGCUUGCAUUUUCUUCGUGGUUUCAAAUUCUCGAAAGAAUGCGAUUCGAUCAACAUUUUCUGGAAGUUCCAUCAAAUCCACUGUUCGACGUCGAUACCGACAACAGAAAUUUUUGAAACAAGUUGGAAAUCAAAUCUAUGUGAUUAAAUUACAUGGUUAUAUGUUUUUUGGAACAAUUAACGGUGUUGAAAAUGCAAUUCGACAAGUUCUAAAUCAUCGUCAAUGGAAAAAAAAUCCGAUUCGAUUUUUAAUUGUUGACUUUUUCCUCGUUAAUGGAAUGGAUUUCAGCGCAGCUGAGGCAUUUAUUAGAAUUCAUAGACUCUUAUCAUUAAAAAAAGUUUACCUUGUACUUUGUGGGGCCACAUAUAAUUCUGAAGUUGGAAAAGCUCUAAGAUGUAAUGGAAUUUGGGGAGAUACAUCGAAUGAAUAUUUACAAAUAUUUGAAAAUUUCAAUGAGGCAUUAGAAUGGUGUGAAAAUAUGUUGCUAAAAGCAUAUUAUGGAAAAAGGAUUGCUGCACCUUUAAAAGCAAAUCAAAUUGCCGGAGCUUUCCCUCAACCUACAAAUUUGACGCCACCAAAAGAUAUUUAUCAGAUACACAGCCCACGUCAGCAUCUUGUUCAAACUGUCGGUAACAUAACAUUGCAAGAAGAAAGACCUGCACGAAGCGUCAAUAAACUUACAGCAGUUCUUAUGGAAGCAUUUGAAGAAAUAUUUCAGAAGAAUGAUGAAUUCUUUGAUCAGUUAGGACCAUAUUUCCGAGAAAUAAAUGUACCAUCAGGAGCGAUUUUAUGGCGCCAAGAUUCUGUACCAGAUUGUUUAUAUUUAGUAGAAAAAGGCAUACUAAAAGCGACCUGGAGAGCGAUGGAAAGUGAUCAUUCUAGACCUGUAGAAAGUAUUUUGCCUGGUACAAUGGCGGGAGAACUAGGAUUUUUUACGGGUAGGCAAAGAGAUGCAACCUUGGUAGCGGAAAACGAUUGUGUUUUAUGGCAGAUGACAAAGUCGGAUUAUGAAAAGUUGCUUAAAAAAGAACCUAAAAUAGCAAAUGAAUUCAUGCGUUUAGCUUUGAAUUUUUCAGCUGAAAGAUUAAGCACUAUUACAUAUUAUGCUUUUCAUUUAAUUUAG